GGCAACCAUUUCAACGACUCCAAUUUCCACAGCUGCUCACACAUGAGUCGAUAACUACACCACAAUCGCAACCACAAACCUUCAAUCUUCGUCAUGUCGGGAUUCGCAAUCGCGGCCUGGAUCUCCGAGACCACAAGAACAAGACCGAGAGAAAGUAGCGACAGCCUGGAUUCCUGCGACGACAGUACCAACAGCGACACCCGAAGCGCGAAGCGACGCAAAGGCAACGGAACACUGCGAGUGGACGGGAAGGUCGAUGUGAAGAGCACAUUACCGAGUCCGACCUCUUCAAUGGCGGGGGACGAAGCAAGGACCCCGCGCAAGAGAUCUGCAGUCGAAUCACUCGGCAGUGGCGAGGAUGAGGAGGAGCCAACACCUCGUGGCAAAGUAUCAUCCGCAGCCCCAGUUCCAGCUCCGACACAGCUACCCCCAUCGUUAUGGGCGACGGCCCUCAGUCUGCAACAAACGGAUUAUCCUGCUGCUGGGGCUGGGGCUGCCACACCGAGCUCCUCGUCGGCAUCAAGACCAAGCAAACGGUCAAGGAGUCCUGCUAAGAGCACGGCCGACCUGCGCUCCGUCAACAUCGAGGUGCGCGACUUCUACAAGCACAGCGCGCCACGCCACGCAAGCGUCGACGCGCUGUUGGCAGAUCUCGAUAAGGUCGCGGCUGGGGUUAAGGUCGUCCCCGCCAUUAUUGCGAAUGCUGCAGCCAGAGAGGGGGGCAACCCCAUGCACAGCUUUCACCAGCACCAGGUGAACAAAGACAAGUACUGUCUUUCAGACGAGCUCGCGAUCGACGAGUUUCGUCAGCUGCAUCGGAUCCUAGCUUCCGCGGCCAGCUGCAGAGAAGAGGCCCAGUCCGAGGCCGCAUGGAACGCGCUCGUGCACAGCCCGCUCCUGCACCAUGCCGUCGAGUCAUCCCAGUGUCCCCAAGUCACGCCUUUCAUCGCAACAACCGCCGGCAUCAUCCCGGCCCUACUUCCGCGCAACAUCUACACCGGACACGCCGUGGGCGGCCGGCUCGUCGACUUUUGUAUCGCCAUCGACGUCGAUCGCGACGCCGUCACCGAUUUGCUCGCGACGCAAAGUGAGGCCCUCUGUUCACUCAAUCAGACCAUGUAUACGCCAUUACGCCAGCGUCCGAUCGCCAUCGUCGCCGAAACCAAGACUGAAACGGCACCAGAAACGGGCGAGAACCAGCUGGUGAUCUGGACCAAGGCCUGGUUGAACCGGCUGCGCAUCUUUGGCAAUGCGAAUCUGACCGACGUGCCGCCGCUGCCGCUGUUGCGUAUCAAGGGUCACGAAUGGUAUCUGCUGCUUGCUUGGGAAGAGGCGCCGUCACCGCGGACCGACGACGACGACGAGAACGAAUCUGCACAGCUUGGGGCACGCAAGGAACCCAAGCUUGUUCUCCUGGGAGACCUGCACAUCGGGAGCACCCGCUCGAUCCUGACCGUCUACCAACUAGUCAACGCGUUAAGGCAUCUCACGCGCUGGGCAGAUGGGCCGUUUCGAGAGUGGUAUCAGCAUAGCGUGCUUGGUCGGAACAGCCAAGCACCUGGCUGAUUGAUUGUGUCGAGCACGCGAAGGAUCAAAGCAGAUGCACAAAAUGGCCAGAGGUU